AACACUUUUGUAUUCGUCUUGUAACACCUAAACUCCACUAUAUUGACAAAAAGCCAUGGUUUCUUUCCAGUGCGACGCUUGUGCCGAUACCGUCAAGAAGCCUAAACUUGACCAGCAUCGGUCAAGAUGUUUUGCCUCUUUCACCUGCCUUGACUGUUCGAAGACUUUCAAGAACCCUUCAGAAUACAAAGGCCACACUUCCUGUAUCUCAGAAGCGGAGAAGUAUCAGGGCGCCCUCUAUAAGGGCUCUAAGAAGGAGCAGAGCCAAAGCCAGCCACAGUCACUAACCCCCGUAUCCGAAGCCGAACCCGCGGCGUCCGCCCCCGGCAUCCACCCCUCGCGUCUUCGGCAAAUGACCUCGUCAUCGAGCGACUCUCACCAAGGAGGAUUUCAAGAUCGGGGAACUCGAGGGAUGCGCGGUGGUCGUGGAGGGCGUGGCGGUUACCAGAGUCGCGGUGGUCACAACCCCAACGGAGGAGAAAGAUCUUACGCCUCUGCCAUGAACAAACUCGAAAGUACCGUUGGAAUGAGGUCUUGGGGCUCUCCUGCUAUCACUGAAACCGCUUCUGAGAAUGUGGAAGUCAGGGAGGAAGCAGGAGAGAAAAAAGAGGAAAAGAAGAGGAAAAAGAAGGGAGACAAAGGCGGGACAGGGUCAAGGGCAAACUCCAAAAACGCUCGAAGUGAAGAGCCAAGCUCUGCUCCCCCUGAAACUUCUGAACCCAAGAGCAAAAAACGCAAGAUUGACGAUGUUGACAUUGUGGCUGACGCCGAGGAUCCAUCUUCUGCUGUCUCUACCGAACCUAUCUCUUCGAAGACUAUCAAACGCUUGAAAAAACGCCUUUCGAAGCUUGAAGAAAAGAAGGAGAUGAGUCUAGGAGAGCUGGUCGACUCCCUGCAGAAGGAUGAAAAAAAGGCUGUUGAGGCAGCAGAGAUCAUGAAGGGCAUUAAAAUCUCUUUCAGAGACGGUUCUUGGGUUUUGAACGUUUAGAUCUGUCAUGUACACUUUUACUUGGAUUAGGC